UGUUUUGUGUCACCGAGCCGUUGCAAAGGGUGAGCGCAUCGACUGUUUCCAUCAAUCUAUCGGCAUAGGGCAGUGGCUGAAUUGCUGUAAGGUGGUUGUGUAGAAAGACACAACAAAUGAGGCUGACGACCCAAAAAACUGCUCUGUGGAUACGGCCAGCAGGUGUGAUUCGUAGUUCAACAUGCAAAUGUGUACUCCAAGAUCAAAUCAUUGUCACCCUUACCGGCGCAGGAAAGUCAUCAGAUUGUGGAAGUCAGUAGUGGCUGGUGCUGUGACGCUAAUAUUUGUAUUAUGUGUUGUAGUGCCUCUUGUCUUCCACUACUCACCGGGUCUACAGCGAUUCUUUUUGUUCCUUAACACAGUUACGACACCAAUAAGCCUCAAUAGGCCUGAAGAUGUGGGCCUCCCUGGAACUCGUAAUUUUUAUCUUAAGACAGACAAAGAUGUUACUAUUGGAAUAUGGCAUAUACUACCAAGGUCACUCAUUCACUCAGUCCCUGAUGAUGUAAGAGAGUGGCCAGUCUGGUAUGAGAGCAGUCUGAAGCAGCAACAGCCCAUCAUUUUGUAUUUACAUGGUAACAAAGGAUCCAGAGCUGAGAGUCACAGAGUUGAAUUGUAUAAUAAACUUCGAAAAAUGGAUUACCAUGUCAUUACACUUGAUUACAGAGGUUAUGGGGAUUCUUCCUCUGUGGCACCCUCUGAAGAAGGUUUGGUAGCAGAUGCAAAGGCUGUGUUUAGAUAUCUUCGUGAUAAAUCAGGACACUCCCCUCUCUUUGUGUGGGGACAUUCUCUUGGUACUGGAGUGUCUUGCCAUGCUCUGUCUGAACUUUGUCAAGAGAACCUGUGUCCACAGGGGCUGGUGCUGGAGGCUCCUUUUAAUAAUUUACAUGAUGAAAUCAGACUUAAUCCCCUGUCUCAGGUCUUCCAUAGUUUGCCAUAUUUUGACUGGGCUUUCAUUGAUCCUAUACGAGAUUCUGGGAAUGAAUUUAAGAGUGAUAGUCAUAUCACUCAUAUUGCAUGUCCAGUUUUGAUCCUUCAUGCCCAAGAUGAUAUAGUUGUGCCAAUUGAAUUGGGAAGAAAGCUUUACAAGGCAGCUAAAGAUGCACGUCUCCCAGAUGCCAUGCCAGUCACAUUUGUUGAGCUGGAGGCAGAAUAUGGCUUUGGCCACCUAGACAUUCCUCAUGCACCAAACUUUUUGUCUAUUAUUAGGAAAUUUGUGGAUAAACCAGAAGCAAAAAAUUUAAGUUGAAGUUUAUUUUGUGAUCUGAGCCUGGGACUGGAUGUAACUAAGUGCAGUUGAACUCAGAAGAACAAGGCAUCACAGUGGUAAACUCUGGAACUCCCUGCCUGCUUCUGUAUUUCCACCUUCCUAUGACUUGAAUUCCUUCAAGAGGGAGGUUUCAAGACACUUAUUCAUCAAUUUUUGACCACUGCUUUGACCCUUUUAUGGGACUGGCAUUUCAGUGGGCAUUUUUUUUAUUAGAUUUUUGUUGCCCUUGGCCAGUGCCCUUCCUACUUAAAAAAAAAAAAAAAAAAAAAAAAAAAAAUAUAUAUAUAUAUAUAUAUAUAUAUAUAUAUAUAUAUAUAUAUAUAUAUAUAUAUAUAUAUAUAUAUAUAUAUAUAUAUAUAUAUAUAUAUAUAUAAUGUGUGUGUGUGUGUGUGUGUGUGUGGAGUUGAUAGAUGGAGGAAUUGAGUUUUUGAGGCAUUGAACAAUACCAGGUUUGCUCUGCCCUAAUCAUAAAUUUUAGAAAAAUCAUAAGUCAGGUGUUCUGUGGCUUCCCUGCGUGAAAUGUUUACUUCCUGAAGGAUUAGAUGUCUAUGAAAAGAUGUGGAAAAGUGCAGGGUGGUAUCAUCAGCAUAGGAGUGGAUAGGACAAGAGGUUUGGUUUAGAAGGUUAUUGAUGAAUAAUAAGAAGAGAGUGGGUGACAGGACAGAACCCUGAGGUUCUGUCUUGACUGUCUCUAUUGUGGGAGUGUGAGUCUGGUAUAUUAGUAGAUAGUUUUGUACAUUGUUGGUUCAUGAAUUUGGUUUAGUUUGGUUUCACAAUAGUACAUUUGUGCAAUUUUUAAUAUUUUCUCUUUGAAGGCCUGGUGGUUUAUAACAUGUCUAGAUGAACUAAAUGACAACCUAAAGGCCUGGUGGUUUAUAACAUGUCUAGAUGAACUAAAUGACAACCAGCAGUGAUGAAAACAAAUGGUAUACUUGUAAGGGUGCCUUUUUAUAUCCUCUUUUGUUUGUGUAUUUGAGCACAUUUGUUAUCAGACUGAUAGUUUGCUUAUCUGUAUAUAUGUAUAUUUAGAUUUAUUGAUCUAUUUGUAUCUGUCUUAUUUGUCUCUGAUUAUAUCCAUAUAUUUAUUAAGUAUAGCCAUCUACUCAUGUUUCUUUGGUGAUUUGUAAAUUAUUAAUUUUAUCUUAUAAACCUACUGGCCAUUGAUGGGACUUGGGUAUGGUAGCCUCUUGAACACUGGACCAUUGCCUGUUCCAAUUAAUCUAUAACUGCAUCUGUUGCUAUUUAAGUACAAACUAUAAAUGUUUUAGAAUAUUUUGAAUUGAGCUUUGCAACCUCAUAUGAAAAUAGGAAAUGGCAGCAGAGGAAGAAGUUCACUGAUGUAUAGAAUAUAUGUAUAUACACACACACACACACACACACACACACACACACACACACACACACACACAGUGGAAUCUUGGUUUUCGAACUUAAUUUGUUCCUGAAUGCCAUUCGAAAUCUCAAAUGUUUGAAAACUGAAAUUAUUUUCCCCAUAGGAAUCAAUGUAAAAUGGAUUAAUCUGUUACCAUACACCAACCUACCCUGUCUUGGCAGCUUUUGACAGAUGCUCCCACAACCAAGAUGGCUGCUUCACAACAUCUCCAGCUCACAAAUUAUUUAUCCAGAAAGGAUGUAAUGAAUAAACUUAGUUACACAGAACUCAUCAGAAGAUACCGUUUAGACCGAUCUAGUGAGGGAAGCCUUACAGAGGAACACCGAGAGGAACAACACACUGCCAAAAUGAAGGUGAUCAUAACACUUAGAUGUCUCGCUGCUGGGAAAAACUACUGGAUAAAAUGCAGUUGUGCUGUAGUAAUGGCUUUGUGGGUCAUCGAGAGAGCCACAGGUGGCUCAGGAUUACUCCUGAGCAGUUCAGUUCAUUUGGUAUUUUUGGGUAUUGUCUUUGCAAUGGCAUUCCUAUUUUUUUUCUACUGUUGCUGCUAUUGCUGUCUUAUUCAAUGAAUCCUUUUUUUUCCAGAAUGAUGUAGUCUUGUUUAUUACCUCUGUCAAAGUGUAAGAGUUUUCCCAAUAUGUUUAUGUGAUAGGGUUGUUGGAGGAGUCUUGUAAUGUUCCUAAUGUUUUGUUGUUUUGGGCAGUAUAGUAGAAAAUGUUAUAGAUUUUCUUUAUUGUAAUUAUAUAAAAGGCUGCUUGUUUCUUCA